GACAAGUACAAACAUUUACAAACAAGGGAGCAGCAGAGAAAGUGUUUCAUUCCCUUGGACCAUCCGUCUUGUUUUGGACAAGACAAAUUGAUGAGACGAGUUCAAAGAGGCCAGAUGGAUCAGAGAAUGUUGACUGAUCUGCAGGAAAUAAUGUGAGGUUUGCGUGUCGUCAUCGCCGUUCGACCUUAAAAACUAGUCAAGGCUCCACAAGGAGGAAGUGGAAACACGACACUUGGAAUGCUUGAAAGUUCACGGGCAAUUUUCUUGUUUCACAAAGACCUUGUUGACAGUAUAGUACCUAGUUUAGUUGGUGUGACAUUGUUCAAACUGGAAGUCAAGUCAACAGAACCGUAACGUAUUCUCACGGGUUGAAAACCUUGGCGUCGCGUGGAUUUAGAAAAAGAUUGUAGCUUAAUGGCAUGUCGAGUCUCCAGCAUGAAAGUUGAUGCAGUUUAGAAAACUAUACUGGAAGUCAAGUCGACAGAACUCAUACUCGCACGUUUCAGACCUUGGCGUGAACUUAAGAAACCCAGCGAAAAGAUUGUCACCCUAAUUAGCAUGUCGAGUGUUCAGCAUGAGAAUUGAUGAGGUCUAGAAAUUUGACGUCUAAUAAAAUGUACAUGAUUUCAUUGACGAGCUGAAUACAAUUUGAUCAGUAACUCAUCAUGGCCUCACCAACUUUAGACCUGAUCUGCUGUGCAGUCCAGUAUUCGAUCCAUCACAACAUCAGCAAAUGGAACGCCAGUCACAUGCCAGACGUGAUCAUGUCGAACGCCAGGCCGUAUCAUAGAGGGGAGUUCGGCAUGCCGGUGGUAUACAACAUCUGCGCUAUUUUGUCCUCGUGCUUGAGUAUCGUUGGGGCAGUGUACAUCCUUCUGCCCAAGAAGGCGUACGUUCCCAGACAGAGACAAUCUUUCAGAGUGGUCCAGCGACAGAGGAAAAUUCUGACGUGGUUGUCAGUUGCUGAUGUGCUUGCAUCCGUGGGUGUGCUGACUAUGUCCAUUGCUAACUUAUCGCAAAUCAAUCUGUCGGUCCAUCAUAACAAUACAGAAGAGGCUUUACACAACGGUACAGAACACAACGGUACAGAAAACAACUUGCCCUACAAGUAUACCUGCAUCAUUUCUACAGCAUGGAUUCAAUAUUUCUUUGUAGCCACCUACUUUUGGACAUUCUUCUAUGCAGUUGAUGUCCAUUUGAUGCUCAGAGGCAGAAACAGGAAUUUGUUCCCGUUAUACUCUGUAUUGAGCUGGUUGCUGCCUGGUGUGAUGGUGGGUGUAGGGUUGGGGAUCAUGUAUGAGUCAUCUCUAUUACAUUUGAAGUGUGACCCGACAGUGGAAUCAUGGACGUACUUACUACCCCAUUACCUGGUGUCCUACGUACCCAUGUUCAUUGUGCUCAGCGUCAACCCCAUAUUGUACUGGUAUUCCGCUAAGAAAGUUGGCCCUCUACUGAUGGCAAGGGGUAUCUAUACGGACAGAGAGCGCAAGAUACAAAGUCAAGUCCAGAACAAGUUCCUGAAGAUUGUUGUGGUGUUCACUGUAUGUUGGUUACCCAAUGUCAUCAAUGGCUGCCUCCUGUUUAGCAGUGUAGUCAGAGACAAAACCGUUUGGCAUGAAUUCAAUACGUUCUCAGCCAUUAUCUGGGUUGCCACGGCAAUUAUGAACCCCUUGCAAGCCUUCUUGAAUGCUAUCAUCUACUGGGGUCGGGGAGGCUGCACUCGCAACAUUCCAACACAAUUCACCGACUCCGACUACAACUAUGUCCGCUAUGAUAAUGAUGACGAUGCACUCUUAAGACGUGACACCGGCCACAGCGGUUACUCGGAUAGUAACGACGAGACGUCACCAUUGGUUCGGGACACCAGUGGGUGGAUACAAGGGCGCGAAUAACAUGAUCUUGUUGCGCAAGAUUUCGUUUAGGAAGUCGCACUGGGCCAACUUUUUUUUGAGCUGCUCAUGUGGACAAAUGUUGAUGUCAUUUGUUUUUUCGCUAAGCAUAAUUAGCAAAGUACCAGGCAAAAGAUGUCACAGGCUACAUGGUAUUUUGGCUGGUAACCUUAUUCUUGGAAGCACAUGCUUGUUGUGCUUAACUGGUUUUUGCUUUUUGCUUAAGCAGGUCUAUGAAAUAAACCCCUGGUUGUAUCUAUUCUUUGGCUAGCAGUCAUUUGUUGCAUGAGUUUGUUGUCUUCCUAAGGGAUUUGGGAAAGGUCAAUCCAGUUAAUGGUUGUUCAUUUCUUACAAUAUACGGCAUUGUCUGUAUUGGUGGCUACAGCUACGGCUAGGUCGGGAUUUCUGUGUCAUCAUGCUAAAGUGCUUCCUUAGCAACACCCUUAGCAACAGCCGUAGCCGUAUCUGUAACCGCCAAUUUGAAAAGGGCCUACCUUCGACCGUUAGGUCAGGCCUUGAAUUAUCUUUGAGAGGGCAAGGCUAUUUUCAUUUUGAAAAGGCCGCUUCCUUUGCUUAAAGUCUAUUGGAAACUUUUGAAGGGGCACCAAGGCCAAGACAAGGGCAAUGGAGGCCAUGGUCUCUGUGAAAUUCCAGGCCUGUUGGUGCUGCUAUGUCAAUGUUCCUGGGAAUUAUCCCGAUUUUGGAUGGUCCUUCCACAAUUAGAUUCUCUCUACUUCUUCAUGCUCUCUGCACAGUCUUCAGGCCUCAUGGUCUCAGUACUUGUUAAUUAUUGUGUGUUUUUCCCUAAAAUUGCUUUUUUGCUUUCUUUUCACUGGAUAUAUUAUAUACGUGUUUUGUUUUGUUUACAUUUUUCCUGUGUCUCUGGUGACUUGAACACCACUUUAGAUUGAUUUGGCGCAUUACAAAUGCUUUUUAUUUUUUUAUUUUAUUUGCCGAGAAACCUAUUUUAAUCAAAAUAUUAAUUCAAAUCUAGUGGCUUGUUUCAUCACAUCUGUUAGACAGAAAAAUAUUGAAUUUUGUGGUUAUUUCUUCUGCGUAGCUGUGUUAUGUUUUUGAGCUCAAGAAUUAAAUAUAUGUACAUAGUUACAUAUAUGGAGAUAUGACUAUAAAUCUAAAAGCUGCAAAUUAUUUUUUAUCUUGUAUUCUUUUGUAAGAAUUUCUUGCGUUUCAUAUUAUAUUUAUCCGUACUUACCUUUGUCUUGCUAGUUUUUAUUAAAAUAAAAUCGACACCCUAUUUAUAUAAAACAAAACAAAAACGGUAUUACUUUUUAAGUGUUCCAAGUUGACCCUUUAAAGCUUGGAUCAUAGACUGGUAACUACUCCAAACAUUAGUAUCCAAAACAAAUUACUUGUGAAAAGCGAUGCAGAUGUUGAUAUUCCUUCGGAGUGGUAUGGGUUGGAGAAUUAUUGACCCGACCUUCUUUUUUAGUUUAGAGAGUUACCUUUUUUUAAAGUUUAAUUCGUUCACUGCUUUAAACUUAAGCGAAAUGUGUAAAUAUCUUUCCGCUUUUUACUUAAAAUAUCUUUCCGCUUUUUACUUAAAAUAUCCUGUAUGUUUUAUUUAUUCACAAAAACCUUUUUUGAAACCGAGUGAUAGCAUUUUGUGAAGGUAUUUUGAAAUAAUGUAAUAUAUAGAAAAUGGUGAAAUAGAGGUGAAGGAAAUGUGCAAAGUAGUGGCCUUAACAAAAAUAGUGGCUUUUUAAAAAUGAUACUUAAUAUGAUUUUAGGAUACAGACCAAGUUUGUAUAGUUUGUUUAUUUACUAUUAAUAUAGUAUUAUUACCAAAGACAUAAAGAACCUUUAUGUCUGUUAUUAUUACAGUAUUUUAAUGUCGAACGUUAAAAGUGAACAUUACAGAAUUGGUAAGAAAAAAACUUGUCCAAGAUCACAGAUUGACAUAAAACUGACACAUUCAAAUGAUGAUGAUAGUAGAAAGCAUCCCAUGAAAUAUUUCUGUAUUAGAUGUAAAAUUUGAUGAGAAAUAAAUAAAACUAAUUUUCCAUUUGGAGAUGAUCGCUCAGUGAGCAUUUUUUAAAAUUUUUUGGUUAUUUUGAAUCAAUGUCAUGCGAAAUGUGUAAAAUGUUUAUCACUACUUUCUCUUGACACAGAUUAUUGAUCGAUCUCAAACGCUUGUCAGUUUAUGUAAUGGUGGAUUACAUGUGCUUACACUUCCAGCAACUUUUUUUUGUGAGCAAAACCAAUUCUGUAAUGUUCCUUUAAGUCUUGUAUUUAGGUGCAUACUAACCUUCCUUAACCAAGAAGUUAAAUAUAUGUCGGUGCAUAUUACAGAAAUGAGAGUCAUGGCAAACCAAAGUCUGAAAAGAGGAUCAAAAUUUGAGGUGGUAAACUACAAUGAUGUCAUUGCCACCUUUUGAUAACCCAUGGGUCGAUUUCACAAAGAGUUAGGACUAGUCCUAACUUAGGACUAGUCCUAGGAGAUAUCAAAAACAUAGGGCUAGUCCUAAGUUAGGACAAGUAACUUGUCUCAAGUCGAGCUAAGACUAGUCUUAACUCUUUGGGAAAUCCACCGCUGGAGUUACAGACUCCAAGGAGCUUUUAGGAACAGUAUCCUCAGCGCUAGAGAAGUAGCAUCAAAGAGCAGGAUUUGUUUAUGUCGGAAGAAAACAGCUACUUUUGUCACCAAAAGCACAUACAAAUAAAGUCUGAACUCGGAUAAAAGUCUGAAAUUUCUCAUCCCUAAUAUUAUACAGGCAAACAUUCAUUGAAUGACCUGGCGUUGAUUUCCUCUUUAAACAAAUCAAAGUAUUGGACAAAGUUGUGUGUACUUGGCCACAAUUUUUGCCUCUUCAAAUCCUUACAAUCUUUUUUCCCCCAUAAACUUUGUGUUUUAUUUUCUUGUAUCCAAAGUACUAAAAUGGUUUCUUAUUAUAGUCUUUUAAAAAGUUUUUGCUGGUUAAAUAAAACUCCACAAGUCUUGGGCAGAUCUUGGGGAACCUAUUUGUAUGUCGUUAGUCAAUAUUGGUUUAAACCAACUUUAUUUAAACGUAUUGUGAAAGACUCGCUUCAGUUUUGUAAUUAUGAAAUGAAAAUCGGCCAUUAGUUAUUUUUGUUAUAGAUUUGUACCAGGUAAUCACUGGACUGAAAAAGAUGUUUGCAUACAUGUAGAUGUUAUACUUGCAUAGAGCUAAGGAUAAAUAAUACAAUGUUUUUACCCUUACACUGAUGUGUAUAUUCAGCCCUGAAUACUCGGUACUUUCCCGAGCUCUGUGAAAAAUUAUAUAAAUAAAUCCCUCGUGUGAUUUGCCCGUGUUUUUUUCCCCACACAGAACUCUGUAAAGUGCUGAAUAUACAGUGCUUAGUUGAAUUAUAAGCACUGUAUAUUCAGCACUUUACAGAGAAUUCACAUUGGUUUAAGGGUAAAAACAAAUGUUAGUUUGCAUGUUAGUUUCUGAAAUAGUCUGUUACUAAUUUACUUCCACCAUUGUAUUCCAGUUGGCAAAAUACUCCAAUUUAUUUUCAACAUAAAACUUGUCGAUUACACUUAAUAAAAUGAUUUUUAAAUACAUUAAAACAUGUUUGACUUGGAAAUUGACUUUACAA